CUUGAGUAGCUUCCGUACUGCUUGCUCGUCUUCACGCAAUGGCAAAGGCAGAGUCGUCUGAGCUGACCGGCACCAUCGAGCAGCGCUUUCAUCGCGCCUGGUAUGCCGGCGUGCCCUUCAUCCCCACCAAACCCACUCCCCCUCCCUCCUCGCCCCUCCCCUCUCCAGAACAGACGGCAUCAUGGCUCAGCGUACUCGCCUUCUCCUGGCUCUACCCCGUCAUGCGAGCGGGCUACACCCGUCCGCUCGCAGACUCUGAUCUCUGGCAACAACCCGACGAACGUUCUGCUCGAAUCUAUGGCCAACGCAUCCUCGAUGCCUUCGAGAAGAGGCGAGCCGUUCCAGCGCGUGCUCCCCUUCUAAAGCGCGUAAAAUGGACUCUGAGCCUGAAAGGCCCGAAGUACGUCCGUCGGAUGGAAUCAGACUGGAAAGCGUCCUACAAACCGUCCCUCGUCCUCGCCCUCAACGACACCGUCUUCUGGUGGCUCUGGUCCGGCGGUAUCCUCCGUCUCUUCGCCGACGCAGGCCAGAUCUGUUCGCCCCUCCUCGUCCGCGCCAUCAUCACCUUUGCCCAGGAAUCGCACGACGCAAUGUCCAGUGGCACCACGCCACCCAGUAUCGGAAAGGGCGUGGGGCUGGUGUUUGGCUUGUUGGCGCUGCAGUGGGCCGUGCUCUUCGCGAGCUCGCAUGCGUUUUAUAGGAUGUUUACGACUGGGGUGAUUUUGAGGGCGGGAUUGAUACAGGUUCUGUUUGGGAGGGCUCUGAGACUGAGUAAUCGCGGCAUGGCUCGAAUCGGCUCCUCCGCCCGCCUAACCACCCUCCUCUCCGCCGACAUCUCCCGCAUCGACUUUUCCUGCGGCUACUCCCACAUGGCAUGGACCGCCCCCGUGCAAAUCAUCCUCUGUCUCAUCAUCCUCUGCGUCAAUUUGGGCUGGGCCGCUCUGCCCGGUUUCGCGCUCUUUCUGGCGGGAGGCCCGAUGCAGGGAUGGUUAACGGGGAAGUUAUUCGCUUUGAGGAAGAAAAGCAUGGUCUGGACGGACAAGCGUAUCAAGCUGCUCACCGAGCUCCUCGGGAACAUGCGUCUCAUCAAGGUCUUUGCUUGGGAGCUCCCCUUCCUCACCCGUGUAGCAGAGUACCGACACACAGAGAUGGAUUUCCUCCGCCGCCGCCUAACCCUCCGCGCCCUCAACAACGCCCUCGCCUUCUCCCUCCCCACCAUCGCCUCCGUCGUCUCCUUCGUAGUCUACGCCGCGGCCGGUAAUGGGUUAGACGCAGCUGUUAUCUUUAGUAGUUUGAGUUUGUUUAAUUUGUUGAGGACGCCGCUUACUUUUUUACCCGUCGCCCUAAACUCCCUCGCAGACGCGAAGAACGGAACGGCACGCAUUCGCGAAGUCCUCCUCGCCGACGUCCUUCCCUCUCCUUCAUCUCCUUCAUCCCCCUCUCCCACCGCGUCCUCUCCCUCCUCUCCCUCCGACACCCACGCCCCUAGCACCCCCACCCCCUCCUCUCCCCCCUCCUCAUCCUCCUCCUCAGUCCCAAUCUCCCCCUCCCAGCCCUACGCAAUCUCCAUCCACUCCUGCCGCUGGGUCUGGGAAGACGUCAAGCCCGUCUUCGUUCCCGUGAUCAAGAGCCCCUCUCUCGUCGCGCUCGUUAAACUUGCGUUUGGGAAGUUUGGGGCGGGGGUUAGGGGGUUCGGGGAGGGGUUGAGGGGGGCGGGGGUUAGAGGGGGGAGGGGGGAUGGGGAUGAAGACGAUAAGGAUGCGGGGGCGGACAAAGAGAAGGGUGAGGGUGAGAGUGGUACGCCCACGCCUAGGACCCCGUCGAUCGUGAAAGCCCCCCUUACACCUUCCUCCCUCGAAAGCUCCAACGGAAACGAGGAAAAGGAGGGGGAGAAGGAAGAGACGUUCCCGGUCGUAUUCGAGCUGGGCGACGUGACGCUGCAGAUCCCGAGGGGUGAAUUAUGGGCUAUCGUUGGGCCUGUGGGGAGUGGGAAGUCGAGUUUGUUGCAGGGGAUGAUUGGGGAAAUGCGUAAAUCCCGCGGCACGGUCUCUUUCUCCGGUCCUAUCGCCUACUGUCCCCAAGUCGCCUGGAUCCAGUCCUGCUCGAUCCGGGAGAACAUCCUCUUCGGACAGACGUGGGACGAGGAGCGGUAUUGGAGGGUCGUGCGCGAGGCGGAGUUGGAGGGUGAUUUUGGGAUGUUCGCCGACCGCGACCUGACCCAAGUCGGCGAAAAAGGCAUCUCCCUGUCCGGCGGUCAAAAGCAGCGAAUAAGCAUCGCGCGCGCGAUGUAUUACAACGCGCCCAUCACGAUUCUCGACGAUUCGCUUUCUGCGUUGGACGCGCAUGUGGGGCAUAAAGUGUUUAGGAACGUGAUUGGGCCGGGGGGGUCGUUGCAUAGACGUAGUGCUGUGGCUGCUGGUGUUGGUGGAGUGAAGGGAGAGGGAGAGGGGAGAGAGAAGGGAGAGGGGAGAGAGAAAGGAGAGGGGGAAGAGGAGUUGAUGGGGACGAGGGUGCUCGUUACGCAUGCGGAGUGGGUCCUGGGCGAGUGUGAUGUUGUUGUGAGGGUUGAGAGCGGGAAGGUUGUGAGUAUCAAGCAGGGGAGUGAGUUUAAGGAUGAACAUGCUAUGGAGCCAGAGGCGGAGAAGGAGGUGAAGGAGGAGGAGGAAGCGGAGGAGGAGGUUGAGGCUGUGGAGGGGGCGACGGGGCUGGUUGGACCCAUUGUUGAGGACGGGAAGAAGACGAAGGGCGCUGCGUUGAUGCAAGCGGAAGAGAGGCAGACCGGCUCGAUCUCUGGAAAGACCUACAAAGAAUUCUUCACCGCCGCCCGCCUUGUGAUCAUCGCCCCACUCUUCUCAUUCGCCGUCCUCAUCUUCCAAGGCUCCUCCAUCCUCUCUCCUUACUGGCUAGUCUGGUGGGAAGACGACCAAUUCGGGCUCCACCAAGGCAUCUACAUGGCCAUCUACGCCAUCCUCGGUCUCUGCCAAGCAACCGGCCUCUUCCUCAUGGGCCUCGUCUUCGCCCUCUUCACGUACAACGCCUCGCGCACUUUGCACCAGAACGCGCUCACGCGCGUCAUGCACGCUCCCACGUCCUUCUUCGAUACCACUCCCCUCGGUCGCAUCAUGAACCGGUUCAGCAAAGAUGUGGACGUGAUAGAUAACCAGAUCGGUGAUGCGAUGAGGAUGUUCAUGGGCACGCUGGUGCAGGUUGUGGGCAGUAUUGUGUUGGUGUCGAUUAUUUUGCCGUGGUUCUUGAUUUGUAUUGCGGUGAUUUUGGUGAUGUAUCAUUGGUUGGCGUUGUUCUAUAGGGCGAGUUCGAGAGAUUUCAAGCGGUUGGACGCAGUGCUCAGGUCGACUCUAUAUGCGCAUUUCUCGGAAAGUAUGAGCGGUCUUGCGACGAUUCGUGCAUAUGGCGAGAGCGAUCGUUUCCGCGACGAGAACAUCAGCCGGAUCGACAACGAGAACAGAGCAUACUGGCUUUCAGUGACGAACCAGCGAUGGUUGACCGUCCGGCUCGACUUCCUAGGUUCCCUAUCCAUUUUUUCAGUCGCUAUGCUCGUCGUAGGCUUGAGGUUCAGCGUCUCCCCUUCAGAGACCGGUGUCGUUCUUUCGUAUAUGUUGACUGUCCAGCAGGCCUUCGGCUGGAUGGUCCGUCAAUCCGCCGAAGUCGAAAACAGCAUGAACGGCGUCGAACGUAUCCUCCACUACGCGAACCACAUCGAACAAGAAGCGCCACACGAGAUCCCCGACGCGAAACCGCCUGCUUCCUGGCCCGCACAGGGUGAAGUGCAGAUGAAAGAUGUGGUGCUGAGUUAUAGGCCAGGAUUGCCGCCCGUGUUGAAGGGUGUUAGUGUGGAUGUGAAGGGUGGAGAGCAUGUGGGUAUUGUGGGGAGGACGGGGGCGGGGAAGACGACGAUUACUAUGGCGCUAUAUAGGACGGUGGAACUGCUUUCAGGGUUGAUCAAAAUCGACGGAGUGGACAUUUCGAAGAUCGGUCUGAGGGAUCUACGCAGUGCCCUUGCGAUCAUCCCACAGGACCCUCUGCUUUUCCAAGGCACUCUCCGUACCAACCUCGACCCCUUCGGGUCCUACGACGAUGCCACGCUCUGGAGCGCCCUCAAACGAUCAUGUCUUGAUCUCGAGAUACCCGAGUCCGAGGCUGUCACUCCUACUGGUUCGAGUGAUGAAAAGUCCGGGAGCCAGAGGAGGUUGACGCUGGACUCGGAAAUCGAGGCGGGCGGGGCGAAUCUUUCGGUUGGACAGCGUUCGUUGGUGAGCUUCGCCCGUGCAAUGGUCAAAAACUCAAAGGUUAUCAUCCUCGACGAGGCCACAGCCUCAAUCGAUUACCACACCGACAACAUCAUCCAAAAGACCAUUCAGACCGAAUUCGCCGACCGAACGCUCCUCUGCAUCGCGCACCGUCUGCGCACCAUCAUCGGCUACGACCGUAUCCUCGUCAUGGAUGCGGGCCAAGUCGCUGAAUACGAUACGCCGGAAAGGCUGUUCAGCCAGGAAGGGGGCAUAUUUAGGGGGAUGUGCGAGAGGAGUGGGAUUGGGAUGGAGGAUAUUGUUAGAGCGAGGGAGGGGCAUGGGAUCGAUGAAGUUGACCGUAAGGAUUGAGAGGGGAAUGUGAGGGUGAAAUGUUUAGACCACUUUACAGUAUAGUCAAUAGAUCAUGACAAUUAAUGUUAUUCACGACGUGCAAUGAG